AUGGAACAAAACAAUGGCACUAAAGUAACUGAAUUCAUCCUCCUGGGAUUUGCUGGUCAACACAAGUCUUGGCAUAUCCUCUUCAUAGUAUUUCUAGUGAUCUAUGUGGCCACCCUAAUGGGGAAUAUUGGGAUGAUCCUACUCAUCAAGAUUGAUUCUCGCCUUCACACCCCAAUGUACUUUUUCCUACAACACCUGGCAUUUGUGGAUCUCUGCUACACCUCUGCUAUCACUCCCAAGAUGCUGCAAAACCUUGUAGAAACAGAGCAAUCCAUCUCAUUCAUAGGAUGUAUGGUGCAAUUACUAGUCUAUGGAGCUUUUGCAACAACCGACUGCUACAUCCUGGCUGCAAUGGCAGUGGACAGGUAUGUGGCCAUCUGCAACCCACUCCGCUAUCCGACAGUCAUGUCCCAGGCAGUCUGCAUUCAACUCCUGAUUGGCUCAUACUUCGUAGGCUUCUUGAAUGCCUCUGUAAACACAAGUUUUGCUUUUUCAUUGAACUUUUGCAAAUCCAAUAAAAUUAACCACUUUUUCUGUGAUGAACCCCCACUCCUUGCCCUCUCGUGCUCCAACAUUGACUUCAACAUCAUGCUACUAACUGUCUUUGUGGGGUUUAACUUGAUGUUCACUGUGCUGGUUGUCAUCUUUUCCUACAUAUAUAUUCUGGCUGCCAUCCUGAAGAUAUCUUCUGCUGCAGGGAGGAAGAAAGCCUUCUCCACAUGCGCCUCCCACUUGACAGCAGUCAUAAUUUUCUAUGGGACUCUCUCUUACAUGUACCUGCAUCAUGGGACCAAGGAGUCUCAAGAGCAAGAAAAAAUGGCUUCUGUGUUUUAUGGCAUUAUGAUCCCCAUGUUAAACCCCCUCAUCUACAGCCUGAGAAACCAAGAUGUGAAGGAAGCCCUAAAAGGGAUUCCAAAGAAGGCCUUCUAG